UAUAGAAAGGCUCGUGCUCUCUCUCUCUCUCAGUUUUCUUUCUGCUUAAGCUCUGCAGUAGCUAAUGUUUGCUGAUGAGCUUGGGUGGGAAUCAGAGACUGCAGCAGCUAGGAAGAAAAUCAGUAAUACAGAAAGAAAGAAAAUAGAAGAAAAGACUGGAUUUUUAUGCACCUAUCUGAACACACACACUAUAUAUAUAAUAUAUAUAUAUAUAUAUUUUAAUUUAUACAAUCUGUUCAGUUGCUUUAGCAAACAGAAAUCAUUGUGAAGCGUUCUGUGAAAGAGAUUUGUGUUCCUUCUCUCCAACACUCAGCUAACAUUCAAUGGCUGGUGGAAUUGAUACUUAAGCAUUUAAAAAGGGAGUGAGCUCUGAUUUUUUCAUUUCCCUAGGAUGGUUAUCAUGCAGCAACACAGCUGACGACGGCACUAGAAAGAAGGCUGUGUUGUUUCUUUUCAUUUUUAGCUCUUGUUCCUAUGAUGCUGCCAAAUUAGAUGGAAGAAAUGGGGGAGAAGUCAACUGGCAUUGUCGCAUUUUAAAAAUGUCUCUUUCUCAAAGCUUUGGAGGGGAAUGCUACUCACUUUUUUAUUUGUUCUUGCAAAAGGAAUUAGAACUCUUUAAAGUAAUUGUGCUGGAAUUGUAAUUUUUGUUUCUCAAGUACUAUCCCCUUUUCCCCGUCUCAUUCGACUCAUUCAUAAUGCUCUGGAAAGUCAGAUGUUUCAGCCUUGUCUCUAUUCUCCUCAGCUGGAUAAUUGGAUUAAUGAAAAGAUGCUAAUGGCAAGGGACUCAUCGUGGGAUGAAGCCCAAAAGCUGCACAAGAAGUGGCUGAAGCAUAAGGCCUUCAUGGCUGAACUGGCACAGAACAAGGAAUGGCUGGAGAAGAUUGAGAAGGAGGGCCAGCAGCUAAUGCUGGAAAACCCAGACUUGGAACCGGUUGUGACUCAGAAAUUGAAAGAAAUCCAUGCAUGUUGGGUGGAGCUGGAGUCUACAACGCAGGCUAAAGCCAAAGAGUUGUUUGAAUCAAAUAAGGCUGAACUGCUGGUAAAGAGCUAUGAAGACCUGGACAAGAGGUUGUCACAGCUGGAAGGGGAGCUGGAGCAGCUGGAUCACAGGAAUGAUCCUUUAAGUGUGAAUAAUCAACUGAAAAGGUUACAGUCACUUGAAUUUCAAAUGGAAGACUGGUACAAGGAAGUUGGUGAGCUGCAGUCCCAGACUACUUCCCUUCAACUACAAGGAGUGAGUAAGGAAGAGGUCAGUGAGAAGCAGAAUGUGGUGGGCACUAGAAUUGUACGCCUCAUUGAGCCACUGAAAGAACGAAGGCGCAUUCUUUUGGCUUCCAAAGAGGUACAUCAGGUCAACCAUGACUUGGAAGAUGAAAUACUUUGGGUUCAAGAGAGACUUCCACUUGCAAAACCACAAGAGAAUGGAAACAACUUGCAAGCAGUUCAGCAGCUCAUGAAGAAAAACCAGGGCCUCCAGCGAGAAAUUCUAGGCCGUAAGGGACGUAUGGAUGAUGUCUUGGAGAGGGCAGAGAUUAUUGCAAGUAUAAGGAGUCCAGAAGCAGAUUUAGUUCGAAUAAACCUGGAUAAACUGCGAGAAAUGUGGGAUACUUUAAGGGUACAGACUGACAAACGGCAGCAGUGGCUGGAUGCCAUGUAUCAGGUGGAGCAGUACUACUUCGAUGUAUCAGAAGUUGAGACAUGGCUCAGUGAACAAGAACUCCAGAUGAUGAAUGAGGAGAAAGGAAAGGAUGAACAAAGCACCUUACAGCUUUUGAAGAAACAUCUAACUGUGGAACAAACAAUUGAAAUGUAUGAGGAGACUGUUGCUCAGUUGUCCAGGCAGUGUAGGGCACUGACAGAAAUUGGACACCCAGAUAGUGAACAGAUCAGCAAGCGACAGUCUCAGAUUGACCGAUUGUAUGUUUCACUAAAAGAUCUUGCAGAGGAAAGGAAGGUGAAACUGGAACAACAGUACUGGCUGUACCAAUUGAACAGGGAAGUAGAUGAGCUGGAACAAUGGAUUGCUGAAAAGGAAGUUGUAGCAGGCUCUCCAGAGCUUGGUCAGGACUACGAACAUGUCACGCUUCUACAGGAGAAGUUUAUGAAGUUUGCUAAUGAGACUGGAAGCACUGGUCUUGAGCGAGUAUCUGCUGUGAAUCAGAUGGUUGACGAACUCAUCGACUUUGGACAUUCUGAUGCUGCUACCAUUGCAGAGUGGAAGGAUGGUGUGAAUGAAGCUUGGGCAGAAUUACUUGAGCUCAUGGAGACUCGUGCACAGAUGCUAGCAGCUUCAUAUGAGUUGCACAGAUUUUUCAAUGAUGCAAAGGAUGUCCUUAGUCAGAUUGAAGAAAAGAAGAAGCAGCUCCCAGAAGUGACAUCACGGGAUACAAAGUCCUCUGCAGACACCCUCCAGAGGCUACUAAAUACAUUUGAACAUGAUAUUCAGGUUUUGGCUACUCAGGUAAAGCAGUUACAGGAAAAUGCUGCCCAACUCAAAACAGUUUAUGCUGGAGAGAAUGCUGACUCAAUCUCAGUGAUGGAGAAGGAUGUGUUGCAGGCAUGGAAAGACCUUCUCACUGCCUGUGAGGACUGUCGUAUAAAGAUAACAGUAACAACAGACAAACUUAGAUUCCUCAACAUGGUGCGAGACCUCAUCUCCUGGAUGGAUGGUGUCAUUUGUCAGAUUGGAACAGGAGAAAAGCCCAGAGAUGCUUCUUCAGUAGAAGUUUUGAUGAACUACCAUCAAAGUGUAAAGAAAGAUAUUGAAGCAAAGGAAAGAAAUGUAGCGGUGUGUGUUGACAUGGGAAAAAUUCUUAUGGCUAACAAGAGCCCAGCUUUGGAAGAGAUUCAAAGCAAGCUGGUAAAGCUAAUGGAAAAGAAGAAAGAAAUGCUGGAGAAAUGGGACAAGCACUGGGAAUGGUUGCAGCAGAUGCUGGAAGUCCAUCAGUUUGCACAGGAGGCGGUUGUGGCAGAGGCAUGGCUGACAGCCCAGGAGCCUCUUGUGAAGAGCCAAGAGCUUGGCAAUAGUGUGGAUGAAGUGGAACAGCUAAUCCGUCGACACGAGGCUUUCCGAAGAGCAGCAGCAGCCUGGGAAGAAAAGUUCAGCUCACUACGACGUCUAACAACUUUGGAGAAAUUGAAAGCAGAGCAAACAAAGCAACCAGCCACUCCACUGCUUAGCAGAAAGUUUUCAGCAGAUGUACUUGAGGCAUCCAGAAUGGCUCCACGUCUGUAUAAUGCAAUCAUUGAGCAAGUCGAACCAAAAAUUGACAAGAAGGAACUAAACAAAAAAACUGAGGCAGAAACCCUUAUGAAUGGAGUAAAAUAUGACUUUGAGUUAAAAACUGAAAGAAUAGAACCAAAAAUUGCCUAUGUACGUCAGGAGUUGAGACCUGAGCGUAUGCAACCAAAAAUUCAUAACUUGCAAGACAGUUUAAACUACAGUACAGACAUCAGACUUCCUCAUCAUCAGGAAGGAAGACCUGAAGGGAGUGAUCCAAAAUCAGUGGUUUUAGAGGAAGUAAAACCUGACAAGCUAAUGUCAAUACAUUCACAGCAAGUGUCAUCUCAUGAGACUGCCGCCACUAAUCUAGAGAAAGAAGAAGCAAAAGACACCAGGCAGGAACCAAUACCAGAACACAGGAGGGACAGGCAUGAGAGGAGGACAGAAAGACAAGGGUCUGGUGAACACGAUACACUAAAAGCAGAUCAGGCAGAAAGGAGACGUGAGCGGCGGGAGCAGAAAAUGGAGAGACAAGAAUCCAGUGAGCAAGACACUCCACAGCAUGAGCAGACAGAAAGGAGGCGUGAACGCCACGAAAGACGGUUGGAGAGGCAUGAGUCCAGUGAACAAGAGACUCCUCGACAUGAGGAAAGGAGAGCAAGUGAGAAGAAGACCACAUUGGCAGAUAUUGUGGAACAACUUCAGGAAAAAGAAGCUGCACAGGUACAGGAAAAAGAAUCUUCAUCUGUUUUGCCAAAUGGAAUUGGCAAAUUGCCUGAACGAACGCCAAGGCCUGAAAGGCCUAGAGCCAGAGACAGGCCUAAGCCAAGAAGGAGGCCACGACCCAAAGACCCCAACCAGCCUUUAUCAGAAGGUCGUAGGUCUCGGUCUGCACCAGCACAGAGCAGUGCUCCACCUCCUCCUCCACCAACGCACACUAUACAGCAAGAGGGGUUUCUGUUUCGCAAACAUGAACUUGAGGGGCCAAAUAAAAAGGCUUCUAACCGGUCCUGGGUGAAUAUCUAUUGCACACUGAGUAAAGGGGAGAUGGGCUUUUACAAGGACGCCAAGAAUAAGAGUGCUGGAAGUACACACAAUGGAGAGCCCCUGCUUAACCUGCACAAUACUUCAUGUGAAAUCGCAAAGGAUUACAAGAAGAAGAAGAAUGUCUUCAAAAUGAGGACUAGUGAUGGCAGUGAGUAUCUUUUCCAAGCAAAGGACGAGGAAGAGAUGAAAACCUGGAUCACAGCCAUUUCUACUUCCAUUUCAGAACAUGCUGAAAUUGCUAGAUAUGGGCAGUCCCUUCCAACUACCUCAUCAACAGACGACGGACUCCCUAGAAGGGAUGGGGAUCGGCGAAUGAGCAUGUCAGCAAAGAAGAAAUGAGUCAAAGUGCAGGGGAAAUUGGCUGCCAAUAAACACAGAGAUAGCUUCCUUCAUUACUAGGGGAAUGGAGCAAUACAGAGCUUUGGCGCCUUGUGCAAGACUUGGUUGUCAAACUCUUCCUUCAGCAGACUUCACAGGUGGCCUAAAAGUCACAUAGUGCUGGUUUCUUUUAUUUUUGAAUGUCAUUUUUUAUUGAAAAAUUUUAGCUCAGAACUCUUGGAGAAGGUGAUCAAAGGAAUCCCAUUUGCAAGAACUCCAUGGGAAUAAAUUAUAAUUUUUGUCAUGGUAUAUGCAUUUUGCCAGUGUGCUGGUCUCUUCUCCUCAGGCUUGCAAACUUGAAAGCUAAAUUUAAUUAUUUAAUAAAUUUAACUAUUUAAAAAGA